AUGUCGAGCGUAACUGCUAAUCCGCGCAAAGCAAACAGAAGGAGAAGUUCAAGUGUCACCAACGCUCUGAAGCAAAUCCCUCUCAAUCAACAACAAGAACAAUCAUAUGGUAGCGAAAACACCAUUCAGGAAUCUGAAGUAAAACCACUCUCUGGUAAACCCCGACCUAAAAGUAGGAAAAGAAGAGAUGCCAAUGAUCUACCUGAUAAUUACCAUUCCAGAGGGUUUUGGGAUGAUCUCAAGACUGGAAGGUGGAUGUUAGUUCCUUCGUCCGCAUUAAUCCUGGCCUUGAUCCCUAUCAUCUUAUAUAUCAACCACAACAUACUCGUUCAAUAUGGUCUACUCAAACCCAACACUUCUAACCCAUUCAGACAUCUUUUGUUCAUCUCUGGUGAACAACCUGAUGGGAGAUAUACGAAAUGUAUUUAUGAUUUUGCUUUUUUGGGUUAUUAUGUUGUUUUCUGGUCAUUCGUCCGACAAUUCGUUACUAUCCAUAUUCUCAGACCUAUGGCCAUUGCUUUGGGUAUAAAGGGAGGAAAGAUCAUGCGAUUCCUUGAGCAGGGUUACGCCGUAUUCUACUUCUCCAUCCUUGGUACACUCGGUAUAUUCGUAAUGAGAGGUCUACCUACUUGGUGGUAUAAAACCGAAUACUUCUGGAUUGAUUACCCCCAUAAACAAAUGACAUGGGAACUGAAAACUUAUUAUCUCGUGCAAGCUGCUUAUUGGAUACAACAGACUAUCUUGUUGGCUGCGAAGAUCGAGAAACCCAGAAAGGAUUUCAAGGAAUUGGUCGCUCAUCAUAUCGUCACUCUUUGGUUAAUCGGAUGGAGUUACAAUCUCUACCUCACCUACAUCGGUGUAUCGAUUUUCGUCACUAUGGACGUAUCCGACAUCUUUCUUGCUCUCGCUAAAUGUGUCAACUACGUAUCCGAAGCUGCUUCUCCCCCUUUCUUCGCUUUCUUCGUAGGUGUAUGGAGUUACUUCCGACAUUACCUCAAUAUCUGGAUCCUUUGGUCCGUAUAUACCGAGUUCAAUCUCAUCGAUGAGAAAGAACGUACCCGAUUUGCACCAUUGGAAGAUAAAUGGUUGGAUUGGUGGAUGAAAUGGCAAAUAUUCGUACCCAUCUUUUUACUCCAGUUGAUCAACUUGUUCUGGUACUUCCUCAUCUGGAGGAUCCUCAUCAAAGCCGUCUUCUACAAUGACUUGAGAGAUGAACGUUCAGAUGAUGAAGAUGAACCUGAGGGUGAACAGACUACGACUGAGAAGUUGAAGGAGCAGUAA